CAAUUUGCAGAGGAGAGCUGAAGUUCUGGGAAUCCUUGAUACUGGCGCUGACUUUGGCCAUGAGUUUGCUGCGUUAUUGCAUAUUUUGGAACAUGAUGUCCAGCCUGCCUAUUUGCAUGCUGUUCAGCUGUGCUAUGAACCAAUGGCAACAAUGAAUGUUGAACAUGAAAUCAGCCUUUUAGUGGAAGAGAUCCAGCGUCUGGGAACCAAAAAUCCUGAUGGGACACUGAGUGUGAAGUUUGGAGUACUCUUUGCUGAUGACAAGUGUGCCAACCUUUUUGAAGCUUUAGUGGGAACUCUGAAAGCUGCCAAACGAAGGAAGAUUAUUAGUUAUCCUGGAGAACUACUUUUGCAGGGAGUUCACGACAAUGUUGAUAUUUUGUUACUGCAGGAUUAAUUCAGCUAGGUUCUACUUAGCUUCAUGACAUUAUUGUUUUUUCCCCCCAGGUAAAUGAAUAUACAGAGUUCUAUCAGACUAAUGCAUGUUUGCAUGAAGAUGUAUUUUCCUAUCUUUCUAAGAUAGAAGCCUUUUUUUGGGAAGCUUUUUUUUGUUCUUUUGUGAAUCAGGAACAACAAAUUAUUGUUGGAUAAAAUGAUAUAACAACCCUGUAUUGGUUUCAGGAAUUGCAUUUUAAACUAGUCUGAUUUGUUGCUAAUGUUGCAAAAUGAGAUUUUCCUAAUAAUUUUUGCUAUGCUUGCAGUUUCUCAGAGUCAGAUGACUGCAUUUGCCUUUAUAUGUAUGAGCGUGCCUUUUUCUUGCUUUUAUUUUUCUUCUAGUAGCAGUUGCUCUAGGCAAAAUGAAGUAGUAAAACAGAACAAGAGAGAGUGUGUAUCUUGAAAUUUUAUAUUUAAUAGAAACUUCACAUAUGAUGCUUCAAACACACAACAGCCUGAUAAGAUGUAGCUCUUUCUGCAAUGCAGAACUUCAAAGAAGUGUGGUAGGAUAUAAAGAUUUAAAGUUCCUCAGACUUGGAGUGAGGCCAGGAAAACAAAAUGAGUACCCAAACUUUUCAUUUUGCAUGACUGAAGUGCUAGGAGGAUUGUCCUUCAUAGUCUCUCCCAAAGAUUCCAGUUCCUGCAUAAAGCUUCCAAUACAACUGUGAUAUUCCAUUGGGAUUGUGCACAAUCCAAAUCAUUGCCUUGGCCUUUUGGGAACUUUCUAACAUGACACCUGUGUGAGAGACAGAAUUUGGAUAACGCUUUUUUUAAGGUCAGGGACAUCUUUGAAGGCAGAAUAGGGAAGAUGAAAUGGAAAUAUUCUGCUGAUGGAAUUAGCCAAGAAUUCUUUCUAGAAGCACAUCUUGUUUCCCGUGUCUCCUCACAUGAUAAAUGAAGUGCUAUUCACAUUUGUAUGUGCCAGUCACUGAAUUGGCAUAAUAUUUCUGCCCCAAUAGACUUUCAGGAAAAUCCAAUGAAGAGGGAAUACUUUUUAUUUUGGUGCCUAUCUCCCGUGGUGAAAUUCACUGCAAAAUGCAAACAGGGAGUUAAGAUGCAGUGAUCAUUACAGAAUCAUAGUGUUGGAAGGGACCACAAAGGCCACCUUUUUCAAUCCCCUGCUAUGCAGGAAUGCACAUAAAACACUCACCAAAGAUGUGCAUCCAAAUUGUGUUUAAAAACAGAAGGAUAAUCUACUACCCUCUGAGGCACCCUGUUCUGCUGUCAAACAGCUCUUACAGUGAAGAGGUCCUUCCUAAUGUUUAUGUGGAUUUUCCUCCCCUCAUUUGAAUCCGUCAGUUCAUGUUCUAGUCUCUGGAGCAGCAGAAAAAAAGCUUUCCCCAUCUCCACAUCCCUUCAGAUAUUUAAAGAUGACUAUCAUAUCGUCACACAAUUUACUUUUCUCCAAGCAAAAUAUACCCAGCUCCCUAAGUUUGUUUCUCAUACAACUUGGUUUCCAGACUUUUCAUCAUUUUGAUUGCCCUCCUCUGACACAUUCCAGUUCAUCGAUAUCCCUAUAUUUGUUCUGCACUUUCUUUCUUGCCUACAUAUCAGUUCUCUGUGAAAGUUUGAGAAGGGCCUGAAAGCUUUGGAUAAGGUAUUUCAUUAGUAAAUAAAUCAUUUUACUUACCUUAUUCUGUGUGGGAAAUAGCUUUUAGAAACUCUGCUUUGUAUAUUUUCACUUGAAGAAUUUGGUUCAGUAAAAGAUACACUUUUUUAAAAUCUACAAUAAAUUGCUUACAAGUCUGGGCAGUACUUGAGUUUGUCUUUGAUGAGUGGAAUGCUGCAAUUGAGUACUGGAAAUUCAUGUUUUGUUUUGUAAGCACAGGAAACCCAUAUUCGCUCUCCCGAGGCUGAUUCACACAAGCAGAUGAAAAUGUGGUUUGCUUCCUUUGAAGAACAUUGCUUUGAAGAGUAAGGUGAUGAUAGUGAAAAUUUUGUGAUUAGUAAUGACUGUUUUAAGGGGUUGACAUACGCAACACAACAUGACAAUACUGUACCACUUCAGAGUAUUCUUUGGACAUUAUCCUAUCUAAAUUACUCUUGGUAAACUAAUCAAACUAGUUCAUCAGGGACAACAGCUUUCUUAGUUAAGUUUUAUCUCAGUGUAUGUAUGUGCCUUCAUGUUGCCUGUGGACGUAUGGCAACCUCAUGAAUUUCAUAGGGUUGUUUUAGACAAGGAAUACUAAAGCAAUGGUGUCACUAGGAGUGUGUGGACUGCACUUGGUGACACCUCUGAAGAGGGGUGACAUCUGUGGAGUCCUCCUGCUGUGGGUAGUGUGAUGAUGCUGUUGGCACCUUCACUUUCUUCACUGCUGUGGCCCUCUCAGUGAGGAGGAAACCAAGGCACUGGAAGAGGAGGAAGGGAGAACGUACCGCUCUUGGCCUCACCUCUGUCCAGUUUCCUCCUCAUGAGAAAGCUGCACAGAGGCAAAAGAGGGACGAGCCCAGCCCUCUUGCCUUUGCCUCCACUUGGCUCCCUCCUCACAAGGAAGCCACAUGGAGGCAAAGGAGGGGGGAGCCUGGCCCUCUUGGCUACACAUCCGCGUGGCUUCCUUGUGAGGCGAAGGAGGGGCAAGCCUCCCUCCCUCCCCUUCCCUCAU